AUGGUUGACGAAGGGGAAAUACUGUACUACCAAGCAAAGGCACGAGUAGUUCGAGCAUUGGCCCGAGUCACUUAUUUCGUCAAAACAGUAAAUGACUACCUUGCUGACAAAAAUAGUACCAGCAAAAGAGCAAAGGUGGAAUCCAUGUUCGUGGAGCUAAAGGGCAUACGUAUAGAGGUCAAUAAUGAUAUUGACAUCAUGGAGCACGCAGUAAGUUCAAAAACAGCACCUGAGGGUGUCACAGACAAUACCUGCUCAAUGUCGUUUGUUGAUUCCUUUGAUACAAUGUACUAUGACCUUAUGGCAAUGGCGAAGCUUCAUAAGAUACCACUAUCUUCGCAAUCUGAUACUUCACAGGUACAUAAUACAACUCAGUUUGGUGGGACUCAACAUUUAUCAAUCUACCAAUUACCAAAACGGUCAUUUCCGACUUUUUCCGGUGAUAUAACCGAAUUUCAAGGGUUUGAAGAUCUUUUCUUGUCAAUACUUUCACAUACCCCGGACAUGUCUGACGUUGAAAAAUUUGAAUGCCUACGGACAUCAUUGGUGGGAGAAGCACUCUCUCUGAUAGUGCAUCUCACGUUAACACCAGCAAACUAUAAAAGUGCUUGGGAAAUUCUGCGGAGUCGGUAUGGAAAUAAGCGUGACUUAGCUCGGAUCCAUCUAGAUGCUUUGCUAACACCACAUACCGUUACAUUUAACAAUGCCGAUUCAAUUAAACGCGUAAUAAACACGAUUCUGGAACACACCGCUGCAUUAGACAAUCUGACCUUUGCUACUCGUCAGUGGGGUCCUAUACUCAUUCACAUAUUUGAAAAAUAUCUGGAUUAUGAACUGAGGUCUCGCUGGGAACUGAAAGUCGGUGACAACUUUUCUCCACAAAUUAACGAAUUCGUUGAUUUCUUACGUAGUCAUAUCCGUUCGGAAGAAGUACACUCGUACAGUCACACACAGGCGGGAAAUGCAACCAAACCUAAAGGGACAUCUCAAAAAUCGACCUCAAAUUCAAAACCUGGACCGUCUCCUAAAGUGUUAACCACAAGCACUCCUAAGACGUUUACCAAAAGCUGUGCCAUGUGCAAAGAUACUCAUUCCAUACGUCAAUGUCCAAGCUUUCUCAGUGAAACUCCAACCGAACGUUUCCAACUAGCGAAAAGGCUUAAUCUCUGCAUCAAUUGUUUGGGGUCCGGUCAUUCAUAUACAACGUGUCCUUCAAAAAACACUUGCAAAUCCUGCCAAAAGCAGCACCAUUCGCUGCUUCAUUUUACAGCAGCUGCUACGUCAACUGCAACCACUGUGUCCCCCAUCACAAUGCUAGUAGCUGACGCAGUGCCUCGAUCUGUCCUAUUGUCAACGUUACUGGUUAACAUCCAAUCAACCCAUCAAGAGACCCACACUUUCCGAGCACUUUUGGACACUGGAUCCCAAGUUAGCUUCAUUACGAAAAACUGUGCUGAUCGUCUUUCACUGGCACGACGUCGCUGUUCAGCUCAGGUGAAUGCCUUCUCAGGCACGUCUGUUAAUGUGGUAUCGGGUAUAACUUCUAUCAGGCUGUCACCAUUGGGAAAGUCUGAGCCACUUGUUCCUCUCGACGUUUUCAUUGUAUCCAAAAUUACAGACGCCACACCUCAAUCAAAUAUUAAAUCUUCUUUGUGGUCUCAUUUGACGAAUUUAGAUUUAGCUGACCCAACAUUCAAUAUUCCUGGUCCAAUCGACAUUUUACUGGGGGCUGAUGUUGCACCUACAUUACUCACGGGAAAUCGCAUCGCAGGUCAACCUUUAGAACCAACUGCCUUUGGUACUAUCUUUGGAUGGGUAUUGAUGGGACCAGUCUCACCAAAACAGACAAAUUUGGUGACUUCUUUGUUAGUGACUUCUAAUCUAUCGUUAGAACACUCCCUGACCAAAUUCUGGGAAAUGGAAGAACCACCUAAUGUUCAACAUCUAAGUCCCGAUGAAAUUCAAGCUGAAGCAAUAUUCACUUCUUCAAUCAAACGCCUGGAAUCCGGACGGUUCAGUGUUGCAUUACCCUUCAAACAUUCACACCCCAUCCUAGGAGAUUCCAAAAGUGGAGCCCUGAAACGGUUCCAUAGCCUCGAACAUCGAUUAUCACGUGACGAAAAUCUUAACAAAAACUAUUCAGACUUUAUGAGGGAUUAUCUUGAAAAUAAACACAUGGAAGCGGUUCCGAAAAAUAAUCAGAAUACUCCUUAUUGUUAUUAUAUACCUCAUCAUUGCAUUCUACGCCCGGAAAGUCAGACUACUAAGCUCCGCGUGGUUUUCGAUGCAUGUGGAUCGACCAAUCUUAUACCUCCACCUCAGUCAUUGAUGCGUGGACAUUCUGGGGCAUCAGUGGAUAUCGUGACAACUGCAUAUACUUUCCGAUCCGAGCACAGAGAGACCCCCGCUUAUACGUAA